CUUCCUCUGGCAGUGCCGGCCCCAGAGCCCCGGCACCCUCCGGCAGCGCCGAUGCUGAGCACGGAAAGUUUCGCCGGGGCGAGAGCCCUGGGAGAGGAAUCGCUGCAGAUGUGGGACCUCAACAAGCGGCUGGAGGCGUAUCUGGCGCGCGUGAAGUUCCUGGAGGAGGAGAACGAGGUGCUGCGAGCUGAAAUCCAGAGCGCCAAGGGUAGCCCUGCCGGGGACUCGUGGCGGGGGAAGUACGAGGAGGAGCUGCGAGCCCUGCGGGAUGCGCUGGAUCGCGCCUUCAGAGAGAAGUGUACGGCAGAGCUGGCCAGGGACAACCUCUACGAGGAGGUCCAGCAGGUGAAAAGCAGGUGCCAGAAGGAGCAGGCAGCCCGAGAGGAGGCCAAGAAGCAGCUGUCCUUGAGCAGGAAGGAGCUGGAGGAGGAGAGGAGAGCACAGAUCUGGCUGAAGGAGAGAGCCGUGCAGCUGCAGAAGGAGGUGGAAGCCUUGCUUGAGGUGCACGAGGAGGAGAAAGCGGGGCUGGACCAGGAGAUCACCAGCUACUCCCAGAGCCUGGAGAGCUUCCGCUGUGCCCCGGUGGCAUUCCAGCCCGUGGAGGUGGAGGACUAUUCCAAGAGGCUCUCGGAGAUCUGGAAAGGGGCAGUGGAGACCUACAAGGCGGAGGUGUCGCAGCUGGAGGGCUCCCUGUGCCAGGCCAAGGAGAACCUGUGGAAAGCAGUGGAGGACAACCAUCAGAGCCAGUUGCAGCUGCAGCACCUGGAGAAGGACCUGGCGGGGCUCAAAGCGCGGAAGGAGAUGCUGGAGGAGAGCCUGGCCCAGCAGUGGCAGGAGCAGCGUGGGGAGGCAGAGAAGUUCCAGCUGGCAAUGGAGGCCCUGGAGCAGGAGCAGCAGAGCCUGCGGGUGCAGAUCGCGCGGGUGCUGGAGGACAGGCAGCAGCUCAUGCACCUCAAGAUGUCCCUCAGCCUGGAAGUGGCGACCUACAGGACGCUGCUGGAAGCAGAGAGCACCCGUCUGCAGAUGCCAGCCGGGGAAUUCAGGCUGGCCAACGGCGUGCGAGAUCUCAAACUGGAGGUGAGCAACAGCAGCAGCAGCAAACUGGUACCAGCGAGCCCCGAGCCCAGGUGGCUGCUGCCCCGGGACCACUGCACCAGCCCCUCUGUCUUCCCCAGGGCAGAGGGGAGGGCCCAGCCGGUGAAACCUCAGAGCGACACCCUGACACCCAAAUUGCAGAGCGCCAGUGCCAGGGAGCUCCAGAAAAUCAGCUCGGUCCUCCAUGGCGCAGCUGCUGGCAGGGUUGGGGGUCCGGGUGCCCCCGGGUGCCCCACAGCGAGCCCCUCCCAGCCCGGCAAAGCCGCCCCUCCUCUGUCCCCAGAGCCCCCCAGCCCCUCCCCACCGGAGCCGAGGAGCCCGGGGGCAGAGGGUCCUGCCUGGCCGGGGGGAGCCGGGGGGAUGACGAGCCAAGGGACGGAGCAUCCCCUGCCUGGAGCCACCACGGAGACCCCCGAGGACGGCGUGAAGUCCCCGGGGACGGGCCCCACCCGCAGCCUGCAGUACCCGGCCCAGCUGGUCAGCGAGGCCCUGGAGGACGCGCUCAAGGAGAUGGAAGAGGAGGCUCAGCCCCAAGAAGAGCCCGCCCUCAGCGCCACGUGGGCCCCGCAGGAUGCCCGUGCCCCCAGCCCCGUUGUCCCCGCAGAGGUUUGUGAUGGGGCUGUGGUAGAGGGGGCAGGGGAAGGGCAAGACCCCACCGAGGGCCCUGAGGACGGCGAUGGCCCCGAAGUGGAGGAGAAAGCUGGGGAAGCCAAGCUCCAGGGGCUGGGGGUGGAGAGCAGCACCCCGGGGGACAGAGCCACGUCCCCACUGGGCACGGCCGAUUCUCUGAGUGACACAGUGAGCCGGGAAGAGCAGGGAGCGUGGGAGGAGGAGGAGGAGGAGGAGGAGGUGCCUGCUGUGCUGAGCCCAAGGGAUCCAGGAGCAGAGGUCCAGGAAGAGGAUGUGAGUGGUCCUGGACAGACAGUGACCAGCUGGGAAGAACCAGAGCGAGAGGAGGAUGGGGAAGACACCCCAAGCACAGAGCCAUCACAACCCUCAGAAGAUGAGGAAGAGAGGGGACCCCACAGUCCCUGCGAGGAGGAUGGAGAUUUCCACAGAGAAGGAGGGGAUGAGCCAGAGGAGGAGUCCCCAGACAGGGAAGUGGAAGCUGUUCAGGCUGUCCUCGUGGAAAGCCACUUGGUUUCACCCACAAAGAGUCACCUGGAAGAGGACUUUGUUGAUGUAGAGCAGGAAAAGUCUGAGCAUCAGAAAAUGACUGUGAGUGAGACAGAGGUUGCAGAGCAGGAAAGGGAACAGGAGCUGUGCCCAGAGCAGGAACCCUCAAGUGUCCACGAGGCCAUCCCAGCAGAGGAGGCUUCAUCAGGAGCUGAAGAAGAUGCUGUGGGAGGGGAGGACACAGGCAGAGUGAAAGAUGGUGAGGGAGAAAAGGGAGAAGCCAGCAGGGAGAUGAUGGGAGGAGAGGACCCUGGGGCAGAAGAGGACCCUGGGGCAGGAGAGGACCCUGGGGCAGGAGAAGACCCUGAGGCAGGAGAGGAUCCUGGGGCAGGAGAGGACCCCAAGAAAGAAGAGGAUCCCGAGGCAGGAGAGGCUGCAGGAGGUGACACCCUGGAGUGGGAGAGCAGAGCCCCAGAGCAGCCCGAGGACCUGCAGGAAGCCAGAGCAGCUUCUGUGGAAGACGGGGGGGAACAGGAGGAGCUGGAGCUGGAAGAGGAGUCCUGGGGUAAGGAGGAUGAUGGCAAUGGCCAAGAGCCCUGUCCAGAGGACUGGGAGGUGACAGCAGAGGACACGGAGGGGGCUUUGGGCACAGAAGAGCCAGCCUGGGCGGAUGACACCCCGUCCAGCACAGGAAGGCUGGAAAGUGAGGAGAGAGAUGGCACACCACCAGCAGAGCUGGAGGAAACCCAGGAAGACGAUGAAGAAGAUGCCAAGAGCCAGGGGAUGAGCCAGCAGCAGCCACUGCCAGAGGCUGAGCCAGCACCGGAGCUGGCAGGGGAGGAGCAGGAGGGCACCACAGGGCAGCCUGACCCAGCCACCCCACGUGCCCCGGGGCAAGGGGACAGCCAGGAGCCAGCUGAGGCUCUGGAGGAGCCGUGGGAGGUGCAGGGUGAGGAUACUGAAGAGGAGCUCAGCUCAGAGCUGGGGCAGCCAGAGAGCAGCAGCUCCGGCCUCCUGGCACGACAGGAGGUGUCGGGGGAGGGCACAGAGAGCGGCGAGUGGGUGGAGGAGGAUUUCGGGAGGUCGGGAGACUCGGAACCCGCCCCAGGCACCGGCAGGAGGGUGGAGCUGGAGGACACUCUGCCAGACAGCACACCCUUGCACCUCUACGAGGGGGAGAUGCUGGCUGGGGGUGCACCCAGCCAAACCCCACCUGAGAUCGAGGAGACCACGGAGCCAGACCCUGUGACUGGAACCGCUCCAGAGGGGGAAGGGUGGCUGGAAGGGAGGGACAAGCCACUGACUCCCACCAUGCCAGAGAGCCCUGAAGAAGAGGCAGAGGCAGAGGUGGCCCCUGUGGCAGAAGGUGCUGAGGAGGAGGAAGGAUAUUUCAUGGUCUCCGCUCCCAGCCAAGAGGUGUCCAGCUCGGAGAAGCUCGAGAUCUCCGAGGACUUUGAAGAAAUUAAAGUGGAAGCAACUGAAGGCAGCCAAGGUGACCUGGGAGCUCCCAGAGAAGCAUCUCCAGUGCCAGAAGGCAAAGAGCAACCUGAGAUUUCUGCUGGGGAAGUAGAAGACAUGGAGGUGCCCACAGAAGAAGACGUGGAGGUGCCCACAGAAGAAGACGUGGAGGUGCCCACAGGAGAACCUGAGAUGCCACAGGAUGAGGAGGAGGAUGACACUGCUGAGCUGGAGGAAGGCCCAGCUAUGCCUGAAGCAGAUCCCAGCUGCCCCGAGGCCAUGGGACCAUCAAUAGGAGGCACUGACCAGCCAGCCCAGGGUGCCACGGGCACCGGAGCACAGGAGGGACCCGAGCACUCUGAGGGUUUGGCUGCUGAAUUGGAUGAGGAGCUCCAGGGCACAGUCGAGCUGGAGAGCGAUGUCAGUGGAGCCACAGCACUCCCAGCCUGCAGCCUGGGGCUGGUGGGGCAGGAGGAGGAGCAGGAGGUGGAUGAGGAUGAGCCUGGCAUGGCUCACCAUGACACAGCCGAGGCCACCCCUCCGGCAGAGCUCCAGGCCCAGGCAAUGCCUGAGCAGGCGGAGCAGCCGUCGGAUGAGCAACCACCCGUGGGGGAAGAAGUAGCAGAGGGUGACAAUCUUCCCUCAGCAGGGGAGGAGCAGGCCCCUGAGGCCGACCCACCCCGGCCGGGCUCUGCACUGGAGCAGGGAGGUUUUCCAGAGGUGAUUACGGACACCCCUGACACGCCUGUCCUCCCUGCAAAGGCGCCAGUGGACGUCAUGAAGGACUCCGAUAUUUUGGAAAUAGUGGAGCAGGCCCUGGAGUUCAAUCAGGAGCUGGUGAUGGGGGCGAGGGCGGCCGAGGGAGGGCAGCAGGGUCCUGGCAGGACCGAACUCCCCCGGGAUGCUGGGGAGGACUCCUCGCCCGCCUCAUCCAGUGAGGAGGAGCCGACGGUGCAGGAGGUGCCGGGAGAGGCGGCGCCGGGCACGGAGGGUCGGGUUCAGGCUGCGAACGGGCUGCACCGGGAGGCCAGUCUGGAGGACCUGGCCGAGUUCACCGAGGAGGUGCUGAACGGCAUCGCCAGCAUGGCCCCGGCGCGGGAGUUCCCCUCGGGGACCGCAGACCCUUCCGUGGUGACACCAGCUGAGUCCCUCGCUCCCCGAGACGCCGGCACGGCCAAGCUGGGCGAUGGCACCCCCUGGGGCAAACACGGCGGAGCAGACACCGUGCCCCCUGCCCUCGGGGAGGAUGUCCUGUGCCUCACAGCUGACCAGCCACCAGCGUGUCGCCUAAGAGCCGAGCAGGAGCCCUGGUCCUCGGGGGACGAGUGACAGUGCCCUCCCCACUGCAGCCCCUUCCCUGCCAUGGCCCAGCACCCUCCCAUUUCCCCCACCCACCCUCCUAAUGCUUCCCCGCCUCCUUACGGUUUUUAACGUGUUUGUGUGGAUUUUUUGCACCCCUUUUCAGAGUGAAGAACCACCAAGCUCUCUUUUACCCCACAGCCUCCCCUUCCCCUCCCCCCUUCCCCCACCAAAAAAAUUCGCAUGCUUGCUUUGGGACCCCCCAGCUCAUUUUGAGCCUCCUCUGGGUGGGUUGCCAUGGCUGUAUUUAAUUUAAACUCUGUGUUUCCCCCUUCCCUGCAAUCUCCUCUCCUUCUGCCCCCCACCCCCCCCAGCAUCUGCCCCAGGAAGGCCAGCUGGAGGCUGGGGACCCCCCCAUGCUGCACCCCAGGACUCAGUGCCUCGGGGUGACGUCACCCCGGAGUCCCCAGCCCCGACCUGCGGGCAAGGGGGCUGAGCCAAGCUGGAUGUUUCCGCUGCCCUGACGUUAAUUUAAUAAA